UUGAAAGUGUGUUCAACUGUUCCAGUGCAGUGUAGUCGUUGAAUCCGUCGUUUGCAUUAAGAUUUGAAUCACAAAGAAAACCAUAUGAUAAAUAAAAUUUUUUCUGAGUUCUGAACACGAAAUAUACACGAUCAAUCUCUUCUAGAAAUGGAAAAGAGCAAGCACAUGAAAACGUUAUGGUCUAUUUUGUCUGGUACCAACCAACCUUCAUCACUUGAUGUUGUUGGCCCAUUUGUUGAAGGUGCUAAAGACUGGCUCAUUUCUGGGUUGCAACACUUCAGGACAAGAGGGGAAGAUUCUAGUCUCGCAACCAAUACGUUUUCCACUAUUCUUGGCCAUGCCAUUCAAUUGAAAGCAGAAGAUACAUCUGAAUUACUAGACAGCUACAGAAAAAAUGAGUAUCGUGGAACUGCAGACCAGUUUGAAAGUCUCUUAAAAAACAAGCAUAUUCAUCCUGGACUUUUAGCUGAACUCUGUCAGUUUUAUCAGAAAGAAAGGCUCUACCUUCUGCAUUGCAUAGAGUUUCUUAUAAAAAAAGCUCACAACACACAUCCAUACUCCAACAUCUUUGAAGGGUUUCUAGAAGCUUACAACAGUAAAGGUGAAUUGAAGAAAUCUCUCCUGACUCAACUGAAGAUGCUCAGUAAAAGCAAUCCUCCUCAGCAGUCUGGACUUGUCACACCAGCAAUGAUUAAAUUGUGGUGGAGUUCACAUUCACAAGAAAUUCUUUUAGUCCUCCAGUGCUUGAUGCACUAUUCAGAGAUUCACAGCCUAGAUGCCGAAGACUUUUUAGAAAUCCUGUCAACUUGUGGCAAACUCUCUUGUGAUAUGGAAGAAAGUUUUCAUAGUGUUUGGCACAUGCAAGCUGCACUUUUGGUGAAAGUUGUUCAGUCGAAAGAUAAUUUUCAAGCUUUCAGACUGAAGAAUACAGCAAUUGAAGAGGAAUUGGAAAGAAUAUCUAAUAUUGCAGAGUACUCUCCACUGCUCCUUGCUUGGAUGCUAAAUCAUUAUACGUCGGAAACCCCUAUCAGUGGGUCUAAAUUUCAGCAGUUUGGCGAAAAAGCAAUUGAGCAGAGGGCGUUAAAAAUAAUUGCUGAUAUCGGAAAUGACACCAUUUUCCAGGGCGAAUCCACUCUACGUGAGACAGUUUGUCGAACUUUGAACAAUCUCCUUGCAGUAUUAGUCAGUAGUUUCGACACGGAAAGGCUGGCUAGCCAAGCGGAUUUGCGUUCAGCAACCUGUAGUGUACUUCGUGGAAGUUCUCGUGCUGCCGAAAAUUUCUGGACACCCGAUCAAGGACUAAAUUUUGUUUGGAGCGAAACAGUGAGCCAGUUCCCUUUAGAAAUGGUUGCUUUGUUGGAACUUUCCAAAGCCGCCGCUCAUUAUUCAAACGAGAAUAAAAUCAAGAUUUGUCGAGAGAUCCAAGAGCUUCCCAAUUUUAUGGAACCGAUUGAAAACAUACCCGAUUCAUCGUUAAAAUGGACUACUGCAGGUGUAGUCGUCUUGCUCCAAACGCAUUACCCUUACAAAAAUGUUGGAUGCAAAGAAGUGCUAUUACCACGCGGAGCCAUGGGCAGUGUCGAUGGCAAAUACAUCCGCUGGCAAGUGAAGGUCAACUUCUACGAAGUUGCUCUUACUGAAAUUCAGAUGCUGCUCCAACAGGCAUCUUUCGGGUUGUCGGCCGUUAAAUUUGACACGAUAACACGAGUUCAACAAGUUUUGAGCUUCUUGGAGCUGAUUUUUCCUCAGCUGGAUAAUCUGGCACCAAUAUACGCUGGCAAGUUCAGACAACUCAUCCUCUCGUUAGUCGAACGUUUUGGUCCACUCUCCAUUGCCACCCACGAGCUGUUGGCCAAUUCCCUUAAAUGCCUCGCCGCCGCUGUUACAAAAUCAAACGCUUCGGAUGUGGCGGGGAAAUUAUUCAGCACUUCCGUACUUCCUUCAGUUGACCGUCAGUUGCCAUCCGUUGUUACCGGCAGUGAAAUCUUGCCUGGCGUGAUUGGCACCGUAUUGGCCGGAGUUGAGUGUUCCCAAGGAUCUUACCCUUUGACUGCCGCCUUCGUGAAAUUAACCUCGGCUUUCAUCCAGGCGGAUUUGGCAGAUGAGAGAGUUGCUGUGCCUUGCAAUUUGUUCAUUCUCCGAGAAGUUCUACCAUUCUUGCUGACUAGACAAUAUGUCAGUUUAGGACAACGAGACUUGAUGAUUGGCAUCUCACUCAACUGGCUCCAUCUCCUCUUGCAAACGGAUUCGUCGAAUCAGGUGCGCCAGAUGUGCGCCCGCAUCUUGCUGGAUUCACCGAGAGGAGAGGCGGAGAGCGUUGUGACGAUUGCGGCGUUUGGUUCAGCGCUGGCCGAAAUGCAGUUGAUUAAGCAAACGGAUUGGGAAGACCGUGAAGGACACGGACAGGUACUACUACGCCACAUUCGCCUGUCACUCUCCAUUCUCAACGUGCUACUCAACGAUCGUGAAGCCGCUGGAAGGAUGUCGCCUUUAGAGACCCUACUAUCUAGCCCAAGUAGCGCUGGACAACACUUUACCACCGUAUUAGCCCAUUACAUCUUUUACCGCUUUGACCUGCGAUUGGCCACACUAGCACUAAAAGUGUUAAAAUCAUGCGCUAAUCGCUGGAAAAACGUCUCUUUGCUGGCCUGCCUUGGGCAUGAUGCCUCCCUCAUACGCAAUACUUGGCUGGAUUCCCUCGAAUCGAAUUUGGAAGAUGCCGGACUAAUACGCAACAUUCUCCGCUUGAUGACCGACUCUGUUGCCUCCCAACCAGGAUUGAUGCAUAUGUUGGUCAACGGGGAUGACCGGUGCUUUAGAGCCGUCACUCGCCUUUUGUUGGAGUCGAAGGAAUUAGAAGCUUUAGAACUUGUACACCAAUUCUGGUUUCAGCGAUGCUCCCCGGCUAUCGAGUACUUCAAGGAACAACCGAAUUUCUGGCCACAACUUUGUCUACCCCUCCUUACUUCCGAUAAGGAUCCGGAAUUGAAGCGGAUAGCCCUUCUUUUCCAAAUUUUGGCUAUUGAACUCUACAACACGUGUGGAAAGAAAGUUAAUGCUGAAUUGCAGACGGUCCUCAAUCAACUGCCCUCCCAUUUGACAGAUUGGUCUGAUUUGGUGCUUAACAGUUUACCUUCGUCUUCAUCACCUGCCGGAAAAGAUAAAACGAGCUUGGAUUUCCUCCUAUCUGGAUGGUCGGACUUUCUAGUAAUGCUUGCCCAUUACGGCCCAGCAACCGAAGUUGGUACUCGUGCCAAAAUCUCCACUGAUGUACUCGAGUCCCUUAUUGGACGGGCCGAGAGCGGCCACCAUUCUCCCCUGUUAGGUAAAUUAGCCGAAUUGAACUGGAUGUUGCAGUUAGUUGAGAAGAAAAGUAACAGUCAAAUGCUAUCUGGACUUGGCCGACUGUUGGUCGUUGUAGCUGAAAAAGAAUUAACCUCGUUUCCAGCUCGAUUUCAAGUGGCUGUUUUGACGAGUGCCGUCUCCGCCUUACGUUUGCGAAGUGAAACUGAUACCGACAAAAAAUUAUCUACGUGGAUGCGCCCUGUGUCUCUUUGUGUUCAAUCAUGUCUUAUUCAACUACCGAAGUUGUUGCUUACCGAAAUCAACAAUCCCAAUUCCAGGGCGACCUGUAUUACAGCCUUGUGCCUAUCUCUGUUAACCGAAUUGCUCCCGGCUGCCCAAAACUUGUCCGCCAUGCAAGAGACGUUUCUGCUCCAGUCGUUAAUAUCUACCAUCCAGUUUUGCAUACAUCAUCGACGGGGCUGGGAAGUGGCCGAAACUGCUUUGGCAGUCCUUCUCGCCGUGGCUAGAACAGACACUGGCAGUGCAGUCUUGACACAGCUUCAACUGGAUCAAACUCUUUGGCUGCCGUUAGAAGCCAUUUACGAAGCUCAACCUACCGUGUACCGAUUAGGAUUGCAAUUGUGCACCACUGUGUUAGGUCGACAACGGCAUUUUUUUCUUGAGCAAGCGCUGACAUUGGCUGGUGUCCACCAACAGCCCAUCACAAACAUACUACUAAAACUUCGCCAUCCGAGUAAAGACGAUCUUCUCCUCGCCAUCGAUGUCAUGGCGCUACUUCGACAGUUGUCUGUUUUCCAGCAAACUUGGCGGUUGCAGCAUUCCGGUUCCAUGCAGGGAGUUUUACAAGCUGCUUCUUCAGCUGUUUACUAUGGCAUCGCGCACUUAAUCCGAGCUGGAUCCCUCAGUCCUAUAAUGGGCACUAGUUUUGUCGAUGGGAAAGACAGUGAAGCAACUCAACCUUCUCCUGCUGUCAUGGAAUUGCAAUCCCAACUCUUGGAAUUAGUUUCUCAAGGAUUGGCCAUGCUCAACUGCUACAAUCCCCCACUUGCUGCCCUUUUGACAGAAGACGGGAUCGACGUAGCGAAAUGGGAACGACAUUUAAGUCCUAGCUUCAGCACGCCAUCGUUGGAUCAUCUUGAGGCUUCUCCCUCACUGAGCUUUGGCACCCUAAAUGCUGUUGCUUCUCAUACCUUAAGGAUACUAUCCAAACCGGAUCAACAGCCGAAUCAGCGAAAUCAUUUAACGAUGGUUCUGGAACAGUCGUUGUCACUCCUCCUAUCACAAGCUCUGUUGUACAUCCUGGACCCACGACUCUGCGCUCAAGAAAAACAAUUACUUAAACGAGAGCUUGGUGCCGAGCUGGGCAGUUUUGUUGAAUCGAUAAGAAGGCAAGCGCAAAGAGGUCUACGUUCCCCAUCUGUCGCCUCUACCACCCCUCGACCAGUUUCGUCAACGGUUCAUCAGAGUUUUCUUAAACUAGUUGGGCAUAUCGUUCAGCGAAUCUUUAAAUAAUUUGCACUAAUAAUGAAUAAGCCAUCAACUCAUCAAUGUAUUUAAAGCACGAUUAUUAAACUUUUGAAGUUUCGGGUACAAUAUGAGGACAUUUAAUAAAAUUAUCUUAUUCAA